GGCACCUCCAAAUUUAAAAUCAGAGCAAUUCCACAAAACCAAUCAAAAACGCUUAUUUUGCCUGAAAGAAAAGAAAGAAAUGUUGGAAGAGGAUGGAGCAUGCGUUGAAGAAGUGAAAGAAGUUGGCCGAUAACAGCGCUGCCAGCAGCCAAGUGAGCAUUUUUGGAACCUUUUCAAGAACGACGGUAGCCCGACGGUACUCCGAUGAAAUAGUGUGAUGCUAAAAAUGCCAGUUUCAUUAGUGUGUUUUGUACCCGUAUCAUUUUUGCCUCACGCAUUUUUAAUUUUCAAAAUAAAAGUUGGUAACUAGUGAAAUUCAAUCUCCUCAAUCCAAGGGCCGUUUUUCACUACCCGUAUCAGCUAUCGCCGGUGUUCGGGGGUAUAAAUACCUAAUAAUAAUAAACUAAAAUUAUGGUGCUAGCCGAGAAAAACGACAACUCUAGAAAUGGACGUAGAAGUCGAGGGCCAAGUCCCAAUGGGCACGUACAGGCAGAAUCUUCGAGCGAGGAUGAAAGUCCAGUUCCAGUAGAUAAAAUUCGAGUAGGUAGAGAUUACCAAGCCACAUGUCCAGAAUUACAACCAGAAGCUCAGAGAAAACCGGAAUUAUUAGCCGAUAGAGCUCUCUUAGUUUGGUCACCAACAGAAUCCAUACCCGAUUCAAAAUUGGAAGAUUAUAUUGUGUUGGCCAAAGACAAAUAUGGCUACAAUGGUGAGCAAGCGCUGGGCAUGUUGUUCUGGCACAAACACGAUCUGGACAGGGCCGUUAUGGAUUUGGCCAAUUUUACACCAUUUCCAGAUGAAUGGUCUGUUGAGGACAAGGUGUUGUUUGAACAGGCGUUUCAGUUCCAUGGCAAGAGUUUCCACAGGAUACGUCAAAUGUUGCCAGAUAAAAGUAUUGCUAGUUUGGUGAAGUAUUAUUACAGUUGGAAGAAAACUAGAACUCGGACAAGCCUGAUGGAUAAACAGGCUAGAAAACUGAAUGGACCCAAGGAAGAUGGAACUGAGGAUGGUGAAGCACGUGCUUCCAAUGAUGAAUCCGACCAUGAUGAGAAGAGAUGGACUUUUCACCGAGGAAUAAAUCGUAAAAGCGGGACCACUAGUAGAGGGGGUCAAUCUAGCAGAGAUUCUGCUAUUCAGGGUGAGGGUGGUACCUGCUCAAAUUGCGGCGUGUUUUGUUCCAUCGUCCAUAGAAGUACAAAGGGGCAAUUAUGUAACAGUUGCUACCAACAUUGGAGACGUACUGGAACGGCUCGUCCGACUUCGGGCCCAACAAUAGGCAAAAGAGGUGGUGGUCCAGCAAAUACGCGAGCUCGGGGUCAUCCACCAAAAGGCAUGCACAUUAACCACGACGAUUUGGCUACCAUGGCAUCUGGCAAUGCUGGCACCCUGCUGCUGAAAUCUAUGGAGAGGGAGCUCGAUUCUUUGCAGAGACAAAUUCAGCAAAACAAGCAGAGCAUUAGCUGCCUGAAACGCAAACACUCAGAUUCGAUUGAUGAUUUGAGACCUGGCGAAGACAAGCAACGAAACAACCCCCGUUGGUCCAACGACGAACUCAUGUUGGCUGUUGAGGGAUUCCGUAAAUAUGGAAAAGAUUUCAAAGCCAUAUCUGAAAUGCUUGGCAACAAAACCGAACAUUUGGUUCGCACCUUUUUCAUCAACUACCGUAAACGUUACGACCUAGAUCACAUAAUUAAGGAAUGGGAAAGGGAAAACCUUCCAAUGAAUGCUGAGAAUGGAGAUGCUAAUGGUGACGACAGCGACGACGUCAUCUGUUUGUCCCCAAGCCCUCCAAAAAAGGACACUAUGAAAAACGGCAAUGGUAAAAUAGGUCCCCAGAUGACCACAAAAUGAUUUAAUAUAGAUUACUUUCCUGGUCAGAAAUCUGUAUUUUAUAUGCAUAGGUAUUUAAAAUCAAAGCAUAUACAUACUUAUUAGACUGUUGAAUUAUUAUUGACAAUUUCAAAAAGGAAUGUUUAACAAAAUAUCUCGCAUCCAAGAAUUUCGGGAAAUCUUAGGGCAAUGUCUUUUUAAGUUUAUUUUUUUAUUAUUUAUAAUGAUUUUUGAUAACCUAGAAUAGCUGAUAAUAUUAUAUUAUAUACAAUUAAGGAAUGUACAUAAGAAAUAUUUUUUAUGACACACCAGUUUUUUAGUUCAAAAUGUUCUCUGUAUUGUGUUGCAUACAUUGGCAAAGAUUUCAACAAUAGUUGCCUAUUGUAGCUGUAAAUAGUUUUAUACCAAACUGUACAGAAUCAAUUAUUAUUUUUUCAUGUAUUUUGGAUUAACCAGAAAAGUAAUCGUGUUGUUAAUCCAUAAAAUGUGUAACAGCUUAUAAGAUGUAUUGUUACUUCCGAAUAAAUGGACUAAGUAAUUGAAAAAAAUAAUAAUUUAUACUUUAAAACAUUCUUUGUCGAAAACAUGGUUUGUUUUUUACCUACCUAAUACAUGGAAUUUUCUGUACAAUAACAUUUUUCCACUAAAUAGAUAAGUACUUAGUAAGAAUAGGUAUUUUUAUUUUAAAAUUUUUAUCGAGCAUAUUUUUAUUUUAAUGAAUAUUUUAUAUUUAUUUGUGUAAAGAGAGAAUGACAAGUAAUUAUCGUAUAAGAUAUUCAUCAUGUCAUUGUGAAUGUGUUGGGAAAGUUAAAUUGAAUAUUGAAUAAAAUAUGGUCAACCAUAUAAAAUUGUGCUCCUCAUGGACGCAUGUUACCAAAAUUAAAUGUGCAACAAAAAUUGGUAAUUUUACUUAUGGUGUGCAUGUAUGUAUUAUUAUUUUUAUGUUAGUUUACAAAUCCUAAUUUUUAGCUAUGCUAUAUUUAAACUCUAGGAUCCAUAUUUAUUUGCAUAAAUUCUUUUACUUUGUCUAUUUUUUUUAAAUCCUAGACUAUACUGCUAGUGGCAUAGGUUGAUAUCAUUAGAUUAGUUUUUGUCCUAUUUAAAUAAAAUUCAAAUACUAUUAUGAUUCCGUUAGUUUUAUUUUUGAAUGAAUCUCAUAAGAUUACUUAAUUAACACAUAGUUAAGGAGGUGUAAGCGGUCGAAUACAAUCAGGUGAGUAGAGGGUUAUAGGAAUAAUAAUUAUGAAAAUGACUUUCUAAUGCCAAUAAAUCGCAGCAAAUAUCUAGUGACUUCUGUGAAAGUAACUAUAGGUACCUACUACCUACUACAAAGGGGAAGGUACCUAAUUUUCCACAAAAAUAUCUUAAUUAAAUAUGUAUGUACUUUAUAAAAGUAACUACCUAGAUAUUUUAAAUAAGUUACUUUAGAAUCGUCUUGAUACAUUUUGCCAGAAAUUAAAAUAUUUAGAAAAGGAAAACUUGAGUAUUUUAUGGGCACUAUGCAUUGGUAUAGUCUACUACUGUGACAAUCACAGGGAGAAAUACUUAGAAAAAUAUUCCCAGCAAGGAUAUCUUGGUUGAAAAACCUUAGCACUUGCUUUUCAACGACAUCGCUGGAAAUUUUUAAUUUUUACAGAACAGUAAAUAACAGCCAGAAUGUAAACUUCUGGAACGGAUGGGCACUCGCAGAAGAAAAAAAUAAUCGACAAAUUGGAGUCUUAAAGGACAAUUUAGAGAAUCAGAGAUUCAUAGAUCACAGAAUUUUAUAAACAUUUGCUGCUAAAGACUAGUUCAAUGGUUAGAAUAUUAGGGACAGCUGAUUCUAGAUUUUACAGUGCUAUUCGCGAAAAAGGGCUAUCGCGUUUCUUCUGGAUUUUACAAGAAUGGAUUACAGAUAAGUAAAAGCCGGUAUUAGUUCGAAGUUUUAAGUUCAAGAUUGGCUGUGAUACGUUUUAGAUAGUGAUUAUUGUAAGAGUUAAGUUGUUUGAGUUAAUUAGUCAAGUAAUCAGUGUCAGAGCGUGUAGUAAUGUGGAAAAAAUUAUUGUGUUAAUUUUACUUUAAUUUUGGAAUAAAUGAACCCAAGAUUAAUGUCACGCACCCCAAAGCCGUGACAUUACUAUAGGUGCUAGCUAUAUUGAUGAAAAAAUAAUUUUCUUUUCAAACUUAUUGGUCCCUAAAAAUCAGUAAUCUAACAAAAACAUAUAUUUUCAGCAAACAAAAUUAUCUAAACAACAUUCUAUGCAUAAAAUAUUCUAAACUGCAUUAUUUUUUCUAUUUUUCAAAAUGCUGCCUAUGAAAAAUUCUCCAGCUUUAUAAGAACUUCUGACCAAAGGACCGCUGGCUACAUACAAGAAUCCCAUUUCAUGACCAACUGUCUCCCAAUGUUUGUAUUUUGCAGGAGUAACAUAUUCCACAACCUAGAAAUAGUACAACUAAAUAAAAGCAAUGUUUUAUCGAAGUUAAUGUUACCUUUAAAUGUCUUUUAGUUGGCUGCAUGUAUUGUCCAAGGGUAACACAAUCGACACCAGCUUGUUUUAAUUCUUUGAGAGUGGUUUCUACUUCUUCAUCAGUCUCACCAAGGCCUAACAUUAUAGACGAUUUUGUUAUUAGGUUUGGAUUAAUUUUUUUUGCGUUCUCCAGUGUAAACAGCGAUU